AUGAGCAAAUUAAGCGCCUUCUUUGAGAAGAAAAAGAAGAAAGUCACAAAAGUGGCUGCUCCUGCAGAGCUGACUCAGAUUGAGAAAGCCGAGGAGCCGAUAGCAGAAGACGGUGCAGAAUGGACGUUGGAGCUGCAGCAGGACGCUGGUGGAUGGGCAGCUGCCCCAGCGAGCCCAGCAGGAGGAGGAGCAGCUGAUAGCGCUGUGGGGCGGUCGCUGCGGGUCAGCGCCGUUGGUGCUUACGAAAUCGAAAGCAAGAAAGACAAGAGCUGGAGCACCAUGAAGCGUUUGGAAGAGGAGCAGCGCAGGGGUCUUCAGGAGCUGCGGGAGCAGGAGGCCCGGGAGUUCCUGCUGCAGCAGCAGCUGGAACAAGGGCUGGAGCCGCAGCAAGAUGCUGCUGCUGAUGUGCAGCAGUCUCAGGAGGAGGCACCGCCUCCAAAGCAAGAAGAAAACAAACUCUGGGUUUCUACUCGCGUGCUGCGAGCGCAGCAAGGAGGUGCGUCUCUCCGCAGGGCCCGGGGGACGCGCGUACCCUCAUUCGACGAAGACCCCGACUUGGCAACGGCAGUUCAGCUGAUUAGCAGCAAACCACAGCAGCAGCAAACCAAGAAGCAGCAGCAAACCCGCAAGAGCCCGUCAGAAUCCCAACCAGACAGCUCCUCUUCCCCGUCUAGCAAGUGCGAUGGCCAGCAGCAGGGGAGCAGCAGCAUCAGCGACUCGGAAGGUUCCGUUACAGGCCCUGCAGCAUUCACCUUCGAUGUGCAGCGCUUCGUCUCUUUCUCUGGCCUCUCAGGAGUAGGCUCUGCACUUGAUGCGGAGCUUGUGCGAAGCAAAUACGAAACCAGACCUCCCUGGACGGCGUUGGCAGCCACAGAGGCGUGA